AUUUUAUGUAUUGUUUUCGAGGCAAAAACAAUACUCAUUAUUAUUAUUAUUAUUCCGAAUAUUAUACAGGUUAUAGCCACUUCAGUGUUGGACACACUGUUAUCAAUGUGGAUCCUGUGUUAAGAAUGCAUACAUUAAGUAUCCACCGGCAUUACCUACCCAAUUUUUCACACGUGGCAUGGGUUGACCCGUAGCAGUGGACCGAACCAAGAACCUUGUGAUUACGAAACGAACUCCAUAACCACAAGGCAACACGCCACUCUGAUGAGAAAGGUAAUUUCCAAUCACUUAACAUGUAUGUUUGGGAUGACUAAUCACCAUUAGUCUCUACGCGCAGACAAGUGUAUUCGGUACAGAUGCAAUGUGUGGAGGAGCAUUCGGAGCAGGUACAGAUGCGAUGCCACCCGUGACGUUAUAUUAAUUACACAUAGUCGUAAUAGAUUUUAUAUAAGCAAAGCAGAUGGUGCAUAUAUGAUGAUGAUUUUUGAUUGUUAUUUUUUUUUUUUUGCCUGAUCUCUUACCUCUGGGAAAAAACUCUCAGUUUCCAUAGCCAAACUGGAGUGCUUUAAUAAGCUGUUUUCUAUGGAAAAAAUUAUCAAGAUAAUGUAAUUAAAAUAAAAAAAGACGAUACAAAAUAUGACGUUGUGUUGAUCCGCUAUCUCAAUUUUUAUAUCUUUUCCGCGCUACCCUGACAAUUUUCGAAACUACUUUUCCCAUCCUCGUCCCAAGGUUUUUUUGCCUAAUGUCUAAGCUGCUAGCGCUUACUUGACGGUCGUCUUCGUCAAAACGGUAAGAACCCCUGGGGACGAACUUGCUAUGUUUCAGAAUAUUCUGCGAUCAUCAGAAAUUACGCAUCCCAUUUAAACAAAGGAAAUGCUUUUUAUGGCGUUGUACCGUGUGUCGUCGUUGUAAAUUUUGUGCAUUAACAUAGCACCUGGGGGGGAGGUCCACGUACUUAACCACAAUUACUGCCCUUUUGGCACGCUGUGCUUUUAUCAAUAUGGUUAAUUUAACACAUUAUCCACCUGGUUCAUUUUUUCUAAACAGGGCAUCUAGAGUGCACCAUCAAAAACUACCCUCCUAAUAAUUUGAAAAAGACAUAGCUGAAGUUGAUAAAUAUGAGAACUUCAUUAUUAUUUUUCUAUGCAUCAAUCACUUCAUCUAUAGCCUUCUGGCAAGUGCAUAACAAAAAAAAUGCUGACAGCUGUUUUUGUCAAUUAUCAGGUCAGGUUGAUGACUGCUGUUGCACAAUAGAUGAUGUUCAUCAAUUAAAUAGCAUUCAUAUAUACCCCCGUCUUCAGAAUGUUGUCAGAAGGAAUUAUUUUCGAUAUAUUAAAUUGAAACUACACAGAAAAUGUCCAUUUUGGUCAGAUCAUUACCAGUGUGCUUUAAAAGAUUGUAGUGUGGACAAAUGUUCAGAAGAUGAAUUACCACCAGGGUUAAAGAACAAUCAUAUGUUUAACAACACAAUGAAAGAAAAACCAUGUUCAGUUUCUGAUGCAGAGCAACUACUUGGUGAUGUUGAUACAACUAUAAGUCCUGAUCGAAAGGAGUCGUUGGAAGCCUGGUCAAACUAUGAUGCAGACAAAAGUUUUUGUGUAGAUUUGGAAGAGGACGCUGAGGAUGCUGAUUGGAUUGACUUGUUGCUGAAUCCAGAGCAGUAUACUGGCUACCGAGGUGAAAGUCCACAUCGCAUAUGGAAUAGUAUAUACAAAGAAAAUUGUUUCUUACCAGAAAAAAAAAUGCGAACGCACAACGAUUUCAACGCACUGUUUUUGUCAAGAACUUGUUUUGAAAAACGUGUGUUUUACCGUCUGGUUUCUGGCUUGCAUACUAGUAUUAAUAUUCAUCUGUCUUAUAAAUAUUUACUGAGUGAUCCAAGAUUACCUACAAAACCUUAUUGGGGUCCAAACUUGAAUGAAUUCCAAAAGAGAUUUAAUUUAGAAAAAACAAAUGGAAAGGGACCUCACUGGUUAAAGAAUUUGUAUUUUACCUAUUUGCUUACAUUGCGAGCUGUCACAAAAGCAGCGCCAUAUUGGAAGGAAGCUGUGUUUUUUACUGGAGAUGAAAAAGAGGAUAAAGAAGUGAAACAAAUCAUUUUAGAAUUAAUCAAAUCAUCAAAAACAUGUCGAAGUACAUUUGAUGAAGGUUUGAUGUUUACUGAUGAAACUCAAAAUUUGAAUGAAGAAUUUCGUUUGCAUUACCAAAAUAUAACUAGAAUUAUGGAUUGUGUUGGAUGCGAAAAGUGUAGACUAUGGGGAAAAUUACAAACAUAUGGCAUUGGAACUGCUUUGAAGAUUUUAUUCUCUUCUGACAAUUGGGAAGACAUCCCUGUGUUAGAUGGCAAAAAAUUCUUUUUAAGUCGGACAGAAAUAGUAGCUCUGUUUAAUGCACUUAAUAAGCUAUCAAGCAGUAUUCACAUGGUAAAUGAAUUUAAAAAAAUCAACGAGAAAAGAAAAAAGAAAGAAUUAUAAUGAAGAUAAUAGUAAAAACCUUUUAUAACUAUAAUAUUUCAAUAUAUUUUAUACAGCUAUGUCGCCUUC